UGUGGAAUUAGACAAGAGAAAGAAUUCCCAGUGGCCAUGUCAGCCUCCAAUAUCACCUCAACUCAUCCGGCAGUCUUCUUUUUGAUGGGGAUCCCUGGCCUGGAGCACUUGCAUAUCUGGAUAUCCAUUCCCUUUUGCUCAGCCUAUACACUGGCCCUUCUUGGCAACUGCACCCUCCUCUUCAUCAUUCAGGCCGAUACAGCCCUCCACGAGCCCAUGUACUUCUUUCUGGCCAUGUUGGCAGCCAUCGACCUGGUCCUCUCAUCUACAGCACUUCCCAAAAUGCUGGCUGUUUUUUGGUUCAGACAUCGAGAGAUCAACUUCUAUGCCUGUCUGGUCCAGAUGUUCUUUCUCCACUCCUUCUCUAUCAUGGAGUCGGCAGUGCUGCUGGCCAUGGCCUUUGACCGCUAUGUGGCCAUCUGCAAGCCACUGCACUACACCACAGUCCUGACUGGGCCCCUUAUCACCAAGAUUGGCAUGGCUGCUGUGACUCGGGCUGUGACACUAGUGACUCCAGUCCCCUUUCUGCUCAGAUGCUUCCACUACUGCCGAGGCCCUGUGAUUGCCCACUGCUAUUGUGAGCACAUGGCCGUGGUGAGGCUGGCCUGUGGGGACACUCGCUUCAAUAGUAUCUAUGGCAUUGCUGUGGCCAUGUUUAUAGUGGUGUUGGACCUGCUGUUUGUUGUCCUGUCUUACGUCUUCAUCCUUCGUGCAGUUCUGCAGCUUGCCUCUCAGGAGGCCCGCUACAAGGCCUGUGGGACUUGUGUGUCCCACAUAGGUGCCAUUUUAGCCUUUUACACACCUGUGGUCAUCUCCUCGGUCAUGCACCGUGUAGCUCGCCGGGCUGCCCCACAUGUACACAUUCUCCUUGCCAAUUUCUAUCUGCUCUUCCCACCCAUGGUCAAUCCCUUCAUCUAUGGGGUCAAGACCAAGCAGAUUCGUGAGCGAGUCUUAGGACUAUUCCUGAGAAAGGAUGUGUAAGUGGACAGUGAGGGACAGGUGGAGAGAGAGUGGGACAGACUGAAUGCUGGAGUGGGGGUGAGGGGA